AGAAUCUGUGAGUCGCCUGGAGGCAGCGCGGCUGCUGCCGUGAAGAGUCCGGGUGUCGAGCCGCCAGCGGCCCAGCCGCUCAGGGCCAGGGCCUGGGCUGGGAGGGCGAGGCCGGAGCAGCGCCAGGAACCCGAGGCCGGAGCCGGGGAGGAAUGUGACCAGGGGUCGGCUGGGGCGCGGGAGUACGCGAGCGCAGGGAUGGGGCAGCAGGUGGGCCGCGUCGGGGAGGCUCCCGGGCUCCAGCAGCCUCAGCCCCGCGGGUUCCGGGGCAGCAGUGCAGCCAGGCCCUCCAGCCGCAGGCGGGACCCGGCGGGGCGCACCGCAGAGACCGGCUUCAAUAUCUUCACCCAGCAUGAUCACUUUGCCAGCUGUGUGGAGGAUGGAUUUGAGGGAGACAAGACUGGAGGCAGUAGUCCAGAAGCUUUGCAUCGUCCCUACGGUUGUGAUGUUGAACCCCAGGCACUAAAUGAGGCUAUCAGGUGGAGCUCCAAGGAGAACUUGCUAGGAGCCACUGAGAGUGACCCCAAUCUUUUCGUUGCACUUUAUGAUUUUGUAGCAAGUGGUGAUAACACACUCAGCAUCACUAAAGGUGAAAAGCUACGAGUACUUGGUUACAACCAGAAUGGCGAGUGGAGUGAAGUUCGUUCUAAGAAUGGGCAGGGCUGGGUGCCAAGCAACUACAUCACCCCAGUGAACAGCCUGGAAAAACACUCCUGGUACCAUGGACCUGUGUCACGCAGUGCAGCUGAGUAUCUGCUCAGCAGUCUAAUCAAUGGCAGCUUCCUGGUGCGAGAAAGUGAGAGUAGCCCUGGGCAGCUGUCCAUCUCGCUCAGGUACGAGGGACGUGUGUAUCACUACAGGAUCAAUACCACUGCAGAUGGCAAGGUGUAUGUGACUGCCGAGAGCCGCUUCAGCACCUUGGCGGAGCUCGUACACCAUCACUCCACAGUGGCUGAUGGGCUGGUGACAACAUUACAUUACCCAGCACCGAAGUGCAAUAAGCCUACAGUCUACGGUGUGUCCCCCAUCCAUGACAAAUGGGAAAUGGAACGAACAGAUAUUACUAUGAAGCACAAACUUGGGGGCGGUCAGUAUGGAGAGGUUUACGUUGGCGUCUGGAAGAAAUACAGCCUUACAGUUGCUGUGAAAACACUGAAGGAAGAUACCAUGGAGGUAGAAGAGUUCCUAAAAGAAGCCGCAGUGAUGAAGGAAAUCAAGCAUCCUAAUCUGGUACAACUUUUAGGGGUGUGUACUUUGGAGCCACCAUUUUACAUUGUGACUGAAUAUAUGCCAUAUGGGAAUCUGCUGGAUUAUCUCCGAGAAUGCAACCGAGAAGAGGUGACUGCAGUUGUGCUGCUCUACAUGGCCACUCAGAUUUCUUCUGCAAUGGAGUACUUAGAGAAGAAGAAUUUCAUCCAUAGAGAUCUUGCAGCUCGUAACUGCCUAGUGGGAGAAAACCAUGUGGUAAAAGUGGCUGACUUUGGUUUAAGUAGAUUGAUGACUGGAGACACUUAUACUGCUCAUGCCGGAGCCAAAUUUCCUAUUAAGUGGACAGCACCAGAGAGUCUUGCCUACAAUACCUUCUCAAUUAAAUCUGAUGUCUGGGCUUUUGGGGUACUGUUGUGGGAAAUUGCUACCUAUGGAAUGUCACCGUAUCCAGGUAUUGACUUGUCUCAGGUCUAUGACCUACUAGAAAAAGGAUAUCGAAUGGAACAGCCUGAGGGGUGCCCCCCGAAAGUUUAUGAACUUAUGAGAGCAUGCUGGAAGUGGAGUCCUGCCGAUAGGCCCUCUUUUGCUGAGACACACCAAGCUUUUGAAACCAUGUUCCAUGACUCCAGCAUUUCUGAAGAAGUAGCUGAGGAGCUUGGGAGAGCGGCCUCCUCGUCAUCUGUUGUUCCCUACCUGCCCCGGCUACCUAUACUUCCUUCCAAGACUCGGACACUGAAGAAACAGGCAGAGAACAAGGAGAACAUUGAAGGGGCACAGGAUGAUGCCACAGAAAACUCUGCUUCCAGUUUAGCACCAGGGUUCAUCAGAGGUGCACAGGCCUCCAGUGGAUCCCCAGCACUGCCUCGAAAGCAAAGAGACAAGUCACCCAGUAGCCUCUUGGAAGAUGCCAAAGAGACAUGCUUCACCAGGGAUCGGAAGGGGGGCUUCUUCAGCUCCUUCAUGAAAAAGAGAAAUGCUCCCACACCCCCCAAACGCAGCAGCUCCUUCCGAGAAAUGGAGAAUCAGCCCCAUAAGAAAUACGAACUCACGGGUAACUUCUCAUCUGUUGCUUCUCUACAGCAUGCUGAUGGGUUCUCAUUCACUCCUGCCCAGCAAGAGGCGAAUCUGGUGCCACCCAAGUGCUAUGGGGGGAGCUUUGCACAGAGGAACCUGUGUAAUGACGACGGUGGUGGGGGUGGGGGCAGUGGCACUGCUGGGGGUGGGUGGUCUGGCAUCACAGGCUUCUUUACACCACGCUUAAUCAAAAAGACACUGGGCUUACGAGCAGGUAAACCCACAGCCAGUGAUGACACUUCCAAGCCUUUUCCAAGGUCAAACUCUACAUCUUCCAUGUCCUCAGGGCUUCCAGAGCAGGAUAGGAUGGCAAUGACCCUUCCCAGGAACUGCCAGAGGUCCAAACUCCAGCUGGAAAGGACAGUGUCCACCUCUUCUCAGCCAGAAGAGAAUGUGGACAGGGCCAAUGACAUGCUUCCAAAAAAAUCAGAGGAAGGUGCUGCUCCAACCAGGGAGAGACCAAAAGCCAAGUUACUGCCCAGAGGAGCCACAGCUCUUCCUCUCAGAACCCCCUCUGGGGAUCUAGCCAUUACAGAGAAGGACUCUCCAGGGGUGGGAGUGGCUGGAGUGGCAGCUGCCCCCAAGGGCAAAGAGAAGAAUGGUGGGGCACGACUUGGCAUGGUUGGAGUCCCAGAGGAUGGAGAGCAGCCCGGCUGGUCUUCUCCAGCCAAGGCUGCCCCUGUCCUCCCAACCACUCACAACCACAAAGUGCCCGUCCUUAUCUCGCCCACUCUGAAACACACUCCAGCUGACGUGCAGCUCAUUGGCACAGACUCUCAGGGGAAUAAAUUCAAGCUUUUAUCUGAGCAUCAGGUUACAUCCUCUGGAGACAAGGACCGACCCCGACGAGUAAAACCAAAGUGUGCCCCACCCCCACCACCAGUGAUGAGACUACUGCAGCAUUCGUCCUUAGGUUCAGACCCUACAGAAGAGCCCACUGCCCCGACUGCAGGACAGUCCACAUCAGAAACGCAGGAAGGAGGAAAGAAGGCAGCUCCGGGCGCAGUGCCCAUCAGUGGGAAAGCUGGGAGGCCCGUGGUGCCUCCACCUCAAGUGCCUCUGCCCACAUCUUCCAUCUCGCCCGCCAAAAUGGCCAACGGCACAGCAGGUACUAAAGUGGCCCUGAGAAAAACCAAACAGGCCGCUGAGAAAAUCUCAGCAGACAAAAUCAGCAAAGAGGCCCUGCUGGAAUGUGCCGACCUACUGUCCAGCGCAAUCACGGAACCCGUGCCCAACAGCCAGCUGGUAGACACUGGACACCAGCUGCUGGACUACUGCUCAGGCUACGUGGACUGCAUCCCUCAAACUCGGAACAAAUUUGCCUUCCGAGAGGCUGUGAGCAAACUGGAGCUCAGCUUACAGGAGUUACAGGUGUCUUCAGCAGCUGCUGGUGUGCCCGGGGCAAACCCGGUCCUUAAUAACUUAUUGUCAUGUGUACAGGAAAUCAGUGAUGUGGUACAGAGGUAGCCACUGUUAGCCUGGUGGGAAAAUGCACACAUUUCUGAGGGGAGAGGGAAAGGGACUUGUUUUCCUGUGUUCUUGUUUUCAAAAAAUGACUCAUACUUGAGUGUGUGUAUGUGAAGUACCUCAGAUCCCUGAGUUCUCACGUUUACAGUUUCAUCUCAAAAAUAAGACGCUAACCACAAAAGUAUAGGAGAGGUAAAUAAUUAAGUGGGGGCAAGGCAGUAGUAGACAGGGUUGGAAACUGCACUGGAACAUCAGGGAACAGAUGUAUGUCGUAAGGAAGGCAGUGCAGCCCGUCCCUCCCUGGAAUGCCGGGAGGUGCUAGGCGGGGCUGCUCUCAGCAACACCGCAGCCGCUGCGCCCAGACCUGGGGCCCUGGUAGAUACUCCUGCUCAUUAUGCUCCAAUUUACCUAAUGAGUUUGGUGGGACAGAAGAAAGGAAAGCUGGGAACGCACCAAGAGAAAUUUUUGUUCAAGGCUGUUGGAAGCACCCCUAGCCUUGCUUUCACAAGGCCAUUGCUGCUGUCAUGAGAACUGCAAAUCAGAGUGCUGCAACACAAAGUUGGGAAAUGGGGCCCUAUCCGAAUGCGUCCGUCCUGUUUUCUGCUGGUGUAUUGGUUGGUGCAGGAAAUAAAGAAUGCCGGCAAGUUGAGUCAGGGAGAUUGAAAACCUUCUCCUAUAAAAUCUUGUAUAGAUUAGCAGCAGUCACUUCUCCCAGUCUGGUAUGUUAUUUUGUAAUGGACCAGGAUUGGCUUCCUGCUUGUUGGUGGCUGUCUGUAAACCAUGGGUACGGGCGUCUCCCUAGUGGUUCUUGUCUUUUGCUGGGCAGCCUGUCUUCCUUUAUUCCUGAUAGCAUUCGGAGCAUUGACCAAUGUCGAUUUGGAAAAUGUUGUCUCUGCAGGUUCUCACGAGGGAAUUAAUCCUGUUCCGAUACAGUUCCCCUGCAUACUGACAUACUGGCCAAGGACUCGAGCAGCUCUGUAUUUUUCUUGAUCAGCUAAAAUAGCAGGGAGGUGGUCUUGUCUUGAAACCCGGUGGCCUGUGACUGAAAGGAAAAGCUGGUCCUAAUGGCUUGGUCUAGAUGGCUGUUUCUCUGUACCUUUCCCCUCACUUAACCACCGAAGGCCCAACGUAGGUAGAGAUUAGGGAGCAGCAUUCCCGUCUCUGUGGAUUUGAAGUGAGUAAUUGCCCACAUUCUUCUCACAUGCUUUUCUUCUUGCACAUACUCCUCCCUACUCCCCACCCAGUCAUUGUGCUUCUUUGUACAGAUUUUAUUUGGAAUAUUCUUUUAUUUAUUUUGUCAUUUCACUUCUAUUUUAAGAAUGCAUAAUUGAAGGAGUAGUCCUUUUCAGGGAGCACCGGUUAGACCCUGGAAACCUAACGACUUAAUCCUGAAAUAUGUUUUGCCCUUGAAAAAUAGGCCUUUUCCUUCCCUACUUAGUUACAGUUGUGGAAGCUAAUUAAGAUGGCAUGGAAGUGAAUCUAACGAGUUAGGUGUUAUUAAUGUUCUUGGUAUUGAGUGUAAUUUCAGUUACUGCUUCGUUCUCUUUUUAAAGCUUUAUGAAUACUUCCCCCAUCCUACCAAGGAGAGCCCAGUACACCUGUAUUUUUAUUUUAUGCUCUCAAAGGAAUAGUAGCUUCGGAAGAUAGGAAUUCAACAUUGAGCAGUUUUCUUCCUGGCUCUGUCAUUGGUACACUGUCAAACCACAGCCCCAUCUCUUAAUCUGUUAAUUAAGGUAAUAGUACAUGUUCUCAAGAGUGUUGCAAAUAAGUGUACAGCUAUCCCUUUGAGAGCUUCUCUGGAAAGCUCUUUUAGUGCAGUGUUAUUAUGCUGAAUGGUUUUUCAUCCUCUUAUUUGCUGAGUAGAAAAUAUUCAUGAAAUUAAGAAUUGCUGAGAGUCUAUUAAUUGGGCUAAGAAUACUAAGGGGGAAACUGUUUUGAAUGGAGUUUGGCAUCUUUGACCAAGAACAAAACUCAGUUUUCAUUAGAAAGAAAGAAAGGAAACCUUGAUUCUUACCAUUGCUGCUCCAAAGGUGGCCCAGGUUCGGAGGAGGGUUAGAGGGACUGAGCAGUGCUGGGCAUUCCUGGCAGGUGCUGGGUGAUCCCACCAGCGUGUCACCUGCAGCUGCAGCCCAGGCAGCGAGUGGUCGGGUUCAUCUCCUCCUGGUGGCUGGAAGAGAACUCACAUGUGAAAAACCAGCAGUCCUCCUCCCACCUUGUUUCCUGCCACUCAUGCUCAUCAUGCUUGUCCAUAAACUUGAAGAACUCGUUUUAGCAGUUAGCCUUUUAAGGUCAAGGAUGGGAAAGCUAAAACUGUAGAGUAUUAUUAUGCUGCUUUUUAGGUUUAUCCCUGUCGUGGGAUGCAGUUAAGGGAUUAUACUUGUUUUUUCAGGGGAUUUUUAUUUGUUCGUUUUUUAAGCAGGGGCUCUGUUUUUCCCUUGAGAGUUCUGGAAAUAAGCCUUGGAGAAACACUACUGAGUAUAUUUAGGCUCCCUGGUUUUCUCUCCCAACAACAAUCCUAAGGGUAGGGGGUGGGGCUGUUUCUUACUCAGGGGCAACACCUAGCUCUGUCUUGCCUGCAGUGGGUGCACGAUUUAUAAAUGGAAUUGAUUUUUCUCCACACUGUCAAGGGUGGCAUUGACUUUUGGAGCAUAUCCCGUCCACAUGAUGCUUGAACUAUGUAACUUCAGGGGUUGAGGGCUCAAGGUUCAGGUUGAAGAGGCACUGUCAACUUAACUAAACAAGCAUUUAUGUUUUUCCUUUUUCUACUUGAAAAGGACCAGCUUAAACACAAACCCUUAUGUAAAUUAAAAGGUUCCAGUCCAAAGCAGAGAAAACUGCUUCUAGAAACUAAAAGUGUAGUUUAAUUUUAACUACCCUAAAAGCAAAGAGGAAAGGCGUCGGACAAGACGUUGGCGGUUUUCUAAAGCGACCGUUAGGCCGUGUGUCGGGAUGCAUGCCUUUGCUGCAACUGCCUGAUUCCUUUCGUGUACAGAUCAUGUGAUUUCAGUUUAGAUUUCCUACUUUAAAAUGCCGUGAUUUGUGUUGAAUACAUCUUGGUUGUGCUUUACAUAAAGUAUUUCCUUAAAAGGCUUUGUGUAAAAUUUAAAUGUAUAUUUUCUUCCUGUAGACUUUCAUCAUGAUUUUCAGAGAUUAGCCUUAAAAACUUUGGCCACAAGAAAUUUAUUCAGUGUCUGCUAGAUGACCUCUGUACAUAGAGGUCAUUAUAGUGGAGACCCUUUACCAGCAGCAUUUCAGAAUUUAAAUUAGAAAGCGUCUUAGGACUCAACUGAAAGCUGGCUAGUAAAAUCAUCCCCAGGUAAUAAAGCUUGCUGACUUUGCUAAGGCACUGCCCAUUUUCAUUGAAAGUUAUGGAGAUUUUGAGUUUAAAGGAUACAGUAUAGAUAGUGGUUUCGUGCUUAGGCUCUAAUGCCCGUCUAAAAGGCAAGUCAUGUAACCUUGGGAGCCUCAGUUUCCUCAUUGUAAAACAGGGAUAAUAAUAGUAACUACCUCAGGGUUGUAAGGAUGAAAUGAGAUGAUGUUUGUAAGAUACUUAGCUCAAGUGCCUGGCACAUAGUGAGCACACUCUGUAAUGUUAAACUACUAUUAUUAACACCUAGUCUAGGGGUGCACAGCAGAAUCCCCUAGGGUUAAAAAAAA